AUGGAUGCAGCACUCUCUGAAUCUGGACUAUUUCCCCAAUAUUUGGUUACAGCUGAUAGAAAUCCAGAAAAAGAAAAAGUUCCUUAUAGAGACAGUGAAAUACCGAAAACUCAAAGAAAAUCUGUAAUCAAUCGCAUUUUAAGCAAUAAAGAAAAACGAAUGCCUAUAUCUGUUGAUAAAGUUGGAAAUAUACUAACCCCAUCAGAAUUAUUGGAAAAAUGCCUAUUUUUGGGAAAAUUAACACCCUUUAAGAGCGAGUUAAAAUUUUAUUAUUUAUAAUUUUUGUAUAAAACAUUUUAAAUCUAAUUCUAUAAAAUUUUUAAAUAUAAAUUUCUAAAUAGAUUAAAUUUUUCUUUACAAGCAGGGACUCUUAAGAAAAAAAAAUAUUUAAGAUAGGGGUGGGGUGUAAGGGCCGGAAGAGUUGUUAGGCUAAAUUCUCCUACUAAAGGCUAUGAACUUACAAAAAGCGUUAACGAUGUAAAUUCUGAAGAAAAAAGAAGUAAAAGUCCAAGAGAAAAUAGUGUUUUAAUGCCUGAAGAGGUAAAAAUUGAUACAAUCACGAAUUUCCUUCAAAAAACGUCUGAGUUGAGAAAAAAGAGCAGAGUUCCUGAAGUUGAUUUAAUGAAGAAGCAAGAAUCUAUAGAAGAAGAAAAAGAAGAAAUAAUAAAAGCUAUAAAUAUACCUCCUCCAAAGCUGGAUCAUUUAAGAAGAUCAGUCUCAGUUGCAUGUAUUAGUAAAAUCAAACAAAGAAGCCACAGCAAAACUACAAGCUCAGGGUUAGAAUCAGCUGUUUCUUUUAGUAAAACUGAGAAAUUGGAUUUAAAUCAGUUCAAAAAGGAAAAUGAAAAGAUAAGAAGAUCGUCAACCGGAAAUUUUAUGAAGCCAACAUUUUCAUCAACUUUGGCUUAUGCAAAAUUAAAAGAGAGAUUACUGCCGCAAAUUGGAAGAACGCUAUCUAAAGAAGAAUUAAUUGGCAAAUUGUCGCAAACAAUGCCUAAGAAAAAGGGUUAUUCAAGAAUGAAAUCGAUAGAGUUAUUGAGAACUUUGAAAAUGGUUCGUGUUUAUAAAGGCGAGAACGAUAAAAUUUUUGAAGAAAAUUCAAAUCUUAAAGAUUAA